AUGGCCCAGCUGCUUGUACCGCCAGGACCAGACAGCUUCCGCCCGUUUUGUCGUGAGUCCCUCGAUGCCAUCGAGAGACGGAUCGCUGACGAGAACGCCAAGAAGCCCAAGGCAAAGCGCAACGACGAUGACGACGACGGGCCCAAGCCCAGCAGUGACCUGGAGGCGGGCAAAUCAUUGCCACUCAUAUACGGGGACAUUCCCAAAGGAUUGGUGUCCACACCACUGGAAGACCUGGACACCUUCUACAGCAACCAGAAAGUGAGUUGGAUUGGUCAUCCCAAAGAGCUGGGCUUUGAAACCAAGCAUAGAUGUUUGGAUGAGUUGUGAAAGGUUAAGGCAGUCUUGUAAAGCAAAGGCUUGCAUUAAUGUAUAACACAUAGUUGUCUGUUGCGUUGCAUAAUAGAUACAGUAUUAUGUUUGGAUACAGUAGCCCUCAAUUCUGGAUCCAUGUCCUAUUUUGAGCAGAGAGUUUAUGUUUAUGCAUACUAGUAGUGUCUAUCCAGUCAUGUGUAUGCUGUGCAGUGAGAGAUCUCAAUGUGUCAGGCACUGUGAUUACCCAGAGUUGCAGUAGCACCGGCUUUCUCUGUUGUCAGAUCCAAGUUCAGUUGUUAUUGUGUAGGACAAGUGAUGAAGUACGCUGUCAUCCAUCCAGAGCCUUUGUAUCCAAGGUGACAGAAAAGCUAUGAUUGAUAGGGCUCCCGUCUGACCAUUUUAGGGGAGACAUAUCACGACACCACAGAGUAUCACUGAGCUCUACAAUGUGUGCUAUAGCAACAACAGAAGUUGGUGUUGUGUUGUUGUCCUUUGUUUAAUGAAUCAUUUCCAUCACUCCUAAGUGACCAGGAAUAUGUGUUGACAGUCUCUCUCGCUCUCUCUCUCUCUCUCUCUCUCACAGACCUUUAUAGUAUUGAACCGAGGGAAGGCCAUCUUCCGCUUCAAUGCCACUCCUGCCUUGUAUGUCUUAAGCCCCUUCAACCCUCUUAGAAGAAUAUCAAUUAAGGUUUUGGUACACUCAUAUCCUUUGAUAAAAAAAAGAUUAACCGCAUUGAAUAUUUUUGAGGUCAAAUUAAAUAUGUGUCCUAUAUACUAUGUCUGUAUUGUACAGAUAAUUAUUGCACUUUAUACAAUGGGUGGGUCUAAUCCUGAAUGCUGAUUGGUUAAAACCGCAUUCCAGCCGGUGUCUAUUCCACAAGUUACCAUCAGCUAAAUCUAUUAUGUUAAAAUGGCUGUUUUACUCUUUUCCAUUUGACUGCGCAAUUCCACUGUCUCUUCAACCCAGCCAAGUAAUGUAUAAACUUGAUCUCCACUAUUAAAAGCAUCUAGACAUUAUCUCACAUUUCUUUUAGACUAACAUUUUGUUUUCAACAGCAGAGAUUUGUAUUAACCUUGCUUUCUAUCUCUUCAACAUUUCCAACAUUGUUUCAAUAUUCAAAUUCCAUCUCCAGCUGUCCCAUAGUAAUGAGCGUGUCGGGAGUCGGGGCGAGACAGACAGGCAGGCAGCGUUUCUCAACCAGUCGAAAUCAUGGAUCAGCUGGCAUCAUUUUUGUGGAUAUAUACAAAGAAAUGUCAAUUGAAAAACGGUACAACGAAACGAAGUGCAGCUAGUUUGCGGUCUUUCCAGCUUCAGUUUGUGUCACGGUUAGACGAUGAGGACCACAAUUGGUCACACAGAAAUUUAUUAAAACUAGGAAAAGGAAUGUAGGAGUGAAUGAAGGCUCCAGGGGUAAAGGGACCGUCCAAUGUGCGGUCUGUGCCCCCCCCAUGGAGCGAUGGUCUUGAAGCCGGUGGUGGGUGGUCCAGAAGUCCUGGGGGGGGGAACCGACAACAGGGCGGAAUGAAACAAGCAGCAAUUCAAGGGAAAUCCAAUACGUAGUAGCAGCAGAAGCUGUCGAGUUACCGGAUGAAGGUAGCGGAUCUUAGCAGAGCAGGUCUGAUCUCCUGGCAGAAGAGUACAAAAGGCAGGUCGGGUCACAAACCAGGUGAGCGAACGCGAGCAAACAGGUUCCGGUGGAGUUGCAGACGAUUGACACGAGACUGAAAGACGGCUAAAUACUGGGAGGUAUGGGAUGCGCGCAGGCUGGCAGAGUAAUUAGAGCAGAGCAGAGCAGGGACAGGUGGAGCUAGUUAGGCUGAGUAGAGAGAGUAGUGAGCAGAGUGGAAGAAAUUUAAGGUGGUAACCCGGUGGAGUGAGAGGCUCAUGACAGUUUGAAGUGAUUGUGUUAGCUGUGUUGUUGGUUAGGUCAUCUGAACAACAGUGUCCUGACAAGUGAACACAUUUUCUAUGCCAGGCGAAAUCGCGCCUCAUUAGCUCAUUGUUAUGGAUGUAUCCAAAUAAAUCUCUCCAGAAAACAACUUAAACAAAUGCAAAUGCAGCUACUUUGCUGUUAUUCUGGCUGCACUUUUUGACGUGACUGUAAGUUAGUGUCACGCGACGUGUAUGCGGUCAGCGAAGUCAAACGCAGGACACAGAGCGGCUGGCAACGUACUUUACUGAACACAGUAAAACGUACAAAACAACAAACCUCCAAACAGGGAGGAAAACACAAAUACUCGUAACACAAAGCAACUGCCGAAAUGACAACGAACAAUCACACACAAAAUAACCAAUGAGAGACAGGGGGUAAUAUAGGGAAUACAAUCCAACAUAAUGGGAAACAGGUGUAAACAAUAAAGACCAAACAAGACAAACACCGAAACAUCGAUCGGCAGCAGCUAGUACUCCGGGAACGACGAACGCCGAAGCCUGCCCGGGCAAGGAGGAGGAGCAGCCUCGGCUGAAUCCGUGACAGUACCCCGCCCUUGACGCACGGGGACGGCCAGGAGGACGCGGAGCAGGGCGAGUCGGAUGACUCCGGUGGAAAUCCCUCAAUAGGGAGGGAUCAAGGAUGUCCCUCCUAGGGACCCAGCACCGUUCCUCCGGACCGUACCCCUCCCAUUCCACGAGAUACUGCAGACCCCCCAUCCGACGCCUCGAAUCCACGAUGGAACGGACUGAGUACGCCGGAGCCCCCUCGAUGUCUAGUGGGGGCGGAGGAGCCUCUCGUAUCUCAUUCUCCUGGAGUGGACCAGCUACCACCGGCCUGAGGAGAGACACAUGGAACGAGGGGUUAAUGCGGUAAUUAAUGGGCAGUUGUAACCUAUAACAUACCUCGUUCAAUCUCCUCAGGACUUUAAAUGGCCCCACAAACCGCCGACCCAGCUUCCGGCAGGGCAGGCGAAGGGGCAGGUUUCGGGUCGAGAGCCAGACCCGAUCUCCCGGUGCAUACACCGGAGCCUCACUGCGGUGGCGAUCGGCGCUCGCCAUUUGCCGCCUGAUAGCCCGCUGCAGAUGGACAUGCGCAGCGUUCCAUGUUUCCUCCGAGCGCCGAAACCACUCAUCCACCGCAGGGGCUUCGAUCUGGCUCUGAUGCCAGGGUGCCAGGACCGGCUGAUAACCCAGCACACACUGAAAAGGCGUAAGAUUAGUGGAGGAGUGGCGGAGUGAGUUUUGGGCUAUCUCUGCCCAGGGGAUAUACCCCGACCACUCCUCCUGCCGGUCCUGGCAAUAGGACCUCAGAAACCUACCCACAUCCUGGUUUACUCUCUCCACCUGCCCAUUACUCUCAGGGUGAAAACCCGAGGUAAGGCUAAUCGAGACCCCCAGACGUUCCAUAAAUGCCCUCCAGACUCUAGAGGUGAACUGGGGACCCCGAUCAGACACUAUAUCCUCAGGUCUCCCUACAGCCCGUUUGUAGGGCUGUAGGGAGACCUGGCAUAGGAAUGAGACGGCAGGCCUUAGAAAACCGAUCCACAACGACCAAGAUCGUGGUGUUCCCCUGGGAGGGAAGAAGGUCUGUGACAAAAUCCAUCGAUAGGUGAGACCACGGCCGUUGUGGAACGGGUAGGGGUUGUAACUUCCCUCUGGGCAGGUGUCUAGGCGCCUUACACUGGGCGCACACCGAGCAGGAAGAAACGUAAACCCUCACGUCCCUAGCUAAGGUGGCCCACCAGUACUUCCCACUAAGGCAGUGCACUGUCCGACCAAUACCAGGAUGACCAGAGGAGGGUGACGUGUGAGCCCAAUAUAUAUCAGUCGAUCACGGACCUCGAGCGGCACGUACUUCCGUCCCUCUGGACACUGUGGGGCAGUAGGAUCGGCACGUAACGCCCACUCGAUAUCCGCAUCGACCUCCCACACUACUGGUGCCACCAGACAAGACUCCGGAAGUAUGGGAGUGGGCUCAAUGGACCUCUCCUCUGUGUCAUAUCGUCGGGACAGGGCGUCUGCCUUAGCGUUCUGUGACCCUGGUCUAUAAGUGAGCUUAAAUACAAAUCGGGUAAGAAACAUGGCCCACCUAGCCUGACGAGGGUUCAGUCUCCUCGCUGCCCGGAUGUACUCCAGGUUAUGAUGGUCAGUCAGAAUGAGAAAAGGGUGUUGAGCCCCCUCAAGCCAAUGCCUCCACACCUUCAGGGCUUGAACCACCGCUAGCAGCUCCCUGUCCCCCACGUCAUAAUUGCGCUCCGCCGGACUGAGCUUCUUAGAAUAGAAAGCACAGGGGCGGAGUUUUGGAGGCGUGCCUGAGCGCUGAGACAGUAUAGCACUGAUCCCCGCCUCGGACGCAUCCACCUCAACUUGGAAUGCCAAAGAGGGAUCCGGAUGUGCCAGCACCAGAGCCGAGGUGAACAGGUCCUUCAGAUGUCUAAACGCCCUGUCCGCCUCAGCCGACCACUGCAAACGCACCGGGCCCCCCUUUAGCAGGGAGGUGAUGGGAGCUGCUACCUGUCCAAAGCCCCGGAUAAACCUCCGGUAGUAAUUGGCAAAACCCAAAAACCGCUGCACCUCCUUCACCGUGGUGGGAGUCUGCCAAUUACGCACGGCUGAAACGCGGUCAAUCUCCAUCUCCACCCCUGACGCGGACAACCGAUGUCCCAGGAAGGAGAUGGACUCCUGGAAGAACAGACAUUUCUCCGCCUUCACAUACAGAUCAUGCUCCAACAGUCUACCAAGCACCCGACGCACCAGGGACACAUGCUCGGCUCGUGUAGUGGAGUAUAUUAGAAUGUCAUCAAUAUACACCACUACACCCUGUCCAUGCAAAUCCCAGAAAAUCUCGUCCACAAACGAUUGGAAGACUGAAGGAGCAUUCAUUAAACCGUAUGGCAUGACGAGGUACUCAUAGUGACCCGAGGUGGUACUGAAUGCUGUCUUCCACUCAUCUCCCUCCCUAAUGCGCACCAGGUUGUACGCGCUCCUGAGAUCCAAUUUUGUGAAGAAUCGCGCCCCGUGUAAUGACUCCGUCAUACUAGCAAUCAGAGGGAGAGGAUAGCUGUAUUUGAUUGUAAUCUGAUUGAGACCACGGUAAUCAAUACACGGGCGUAAACCCCCAUCCUUCUUCUUCACAAAAAAGAAACUUGAGGACGCAGGGGAAGUGGACGAUCGUAUGUAUCCCUGUCUCAGAGAUUCGGUGACGUAUGUCUCCAUAGCCGCCGUCUCCUCCUGAGACAGAGGAUACACAUGACUACAAGGAAGCGCAGGGCCUACCUGGAGGUCUAUCGCACAAUCCCCCUGUCGAUGAGGUGGUAAUUGAGUCGCCUUCUUUUUACAGAAGGCGAGUGCCAAAUCGACAUACUCAGGAGGAAUGUGCAUGGUGGGAAGUUGGUUUGGACUUUCCACCGUCGUUGCCCCUACGGAAACACCUACACACCGCCCGACACACUGAUCAGACCAUCCCUUGAGAGCCCUCUGUUGCCAUGAAAUGUUGGGGUCAUGAGAUGUUAACCAGGGAAGCCCCAACACCACGGGAAAUGCAGGAGAGUCAAUCAAAUACAACCAUAUAAUCUCCUCAUGGCCCUCCUGCGUCUUCAUCUUAAGUGGCGCUGUGACCUCCCUAAUCAAUCCCGACCCCAAAGGGCGGCUAUCUAGGGCAUGGAUGGGGAAGGGCACAUCAACUGGUACAAUAGGAAUCCCUAACUUAUACGUGAACCGGCGAUCUAUAAAAUUCCCAGCUGCGCCUGAAUCUACUAGCGCCUUAUGCUGGGAGUGAGGAGAAACCUCGGGAAACACCACUUUAAUACACAUAUGUACAACAGAGAGCUCUGGGUGAGUUGGGUGCUUACUCACCUGGAAUGACUCAUCAGUGCGCUGCCUACUGCCUCGAUUCCUAGGAGACCCUCCCCAGGACCGACCCGCAGUGUGUCCUCUGCGGCCACAGUUGGUGCAGGGGACGGCCUCUCUCCUGGUCUCUCUCCUAGUCUCCCUAGCACCAGCACCCCCGAGCUCCAUAGGGCUCGGCUCGGAAGUGCUGGGGGAUGGAAUGGACGGCCCCGACUCCGGACGUCCGCGGAUAGCCAACAGGGUAUCUAGGCAAAUCGACAUGUCCACCAGCUGAUCGAAGCUUAGGUUAGUGUCCCUGCAGACCAAUUCCCGACGCAUGUCCUCCCUCAGGCUGCACCUGUAGUGGUCGAUGAGGGCCCUCUCAUUCCAUCCCGCAUUGGCAGCCAGAGUCCGGAAGUCCAGUGUGAACUCCUGCGCGCUCCUCUUCCCCUGUCUGAGGUGGAACAGACGCUCACCCACCGCCUUCCCCUCUGGGGGAUGAUCGAACACCGCCCUGAAGCGGCGGGUGAACUCUGCAUAGUUGACUGUAGCGGCGUCUAUUCCCCUCCACUCGGCGUUGGCCCACUCCAGCGCCUUGCCGGACAGACAGGAGAUGAGGGCGGACACGCUCUCGUAUCCCGAGUGCACCGGGUGGACGGUUGCCAGGUAGAGUUCCACUUGGAGCAGCAAACCCUGACACCCGGCCGCGGUGCCAUCAUAAGCCCUCGGGAGCGAGAGCCGAAUCCCACUGGACCCCGGAGGUGAAGCGAUGGGUAUAGCUGAUGGUGGUGGUAUCGUUGGAGGAGGUGUGGGCAAACCUCCUCUUUCCCAUCGCUCCAAGGUGUUCAUCACCCCUUCCAUGGCGGUGCCGAGGGCCUGGAUCAUGGCCGCUUGUUGUGUUACGCGCUCCUCCAUUGAUCCAGCUGGCACCGCUGCUCCUGCUGACUCCAUGUCUUGGUGUGUGAUUCUGUCACGCGACGUGUAUGCGGUCAGCGAAGUCAAACGCAGGACACAGAGCGGCUGGCAACGUACUUUACUGAACACAGUAAAACGUACAAAACAACAAACCUCCAAACAGGGAGGAAAACACAAAGACCCAUAACACAAAGCAACUGCCGAAAUGACAAUGAACAAUCACACACAAAAUAACCAAUGAGAGACAGGGGGUAAUAUAGGGAAUACAAUCCAACAUAAUGGGAAACAGGUGUAAACAAUAAAGACCAAACAAGACAAACACCGAAACAUCGAUCGGCAGCAGCUAGUACUCCGGGGACGACGAACGCCGAAGCCUGCCCGGGCAAGGAGGAGGAGCAGCCUCGGCUGAAUCCGUGACAGUUAGCCGUAGUUGGCUAGCUAGCAAGCAAGGGAUAAGAACGUUGCCAGCCAGUAUGGCAAUGGAACAUUUAGAACGAACGACUGGGUCGCGUCCCUAGAUACAGAACAAAAAGAUUGAACGAUUAGGUCGCGUCUCUGGCAACCGAACCGAUAGACAGAACGACCAGCCGGCUUGGGUAGCAACGCUAGAUUUGUGUCGGGACUAUAUCUUGUGGAAUGAUUAAAUAGUAUGAAUAAAUUCAUCAAACAAAGUUUUUAAUGAAUAUAUGUCAAUCAUUAUAUGAAUAUGUUGGUAACCCAUUGUAUAAAAGUGAUAAUACCCUCGAUGACGGUGUUUGGAGGAUAUAUUGGCACGGUUUGCACCUGUGCCAAUAUAUCCUCCAAACACCGGCUUCUCAGGCAUUAUCACCAAGUUGUGAGUUGUAACACACUGGCCAAGUGUACUAAACAUAUGGUCACAUGAUACGUUCUAUACCUGAGUCAGGUGUUGUAUUGUAUGUCUUGUGUAAUGAAUUUUGAAUCAAUAGGUCUGGACAGUUCAGUUUCCUUGACAACUGCCUCCACAUUGUUUAGCAUGGUAAUCAUGUUCACCAUCCUUACCAACUGUGCGUUUAUGACCCUGAGUCAGCCCCCCGACUGGGCAAAGAAUGUAGAGUAAGUCAUCCUCUUACCCCAAAAUCUACAUGCUUCCACAAUACACACACACAGUAAUCUAUGUAGACUAACCAGUCCCCUUUGUUUCCAACAGGUACACAUUCACUGGAAUCUAUACAUUUGAAUCUCUUAUAAAAAUUCUGGCAAGGGGCUUCUGUGUAGGGAAGUUUACCUUUCUACGAGACCCAUGGAACUGGUUGGAUUUCUGUGUUAUUGUCAUGGCGUAAGUAUUCUCUCAUUUUCCUGUUAUAUGAUCAGUAAAAGGAUACUGUAGCUUUAUUAAGGACUAAUAUUAGCUUCUGAUAUUAUGACUUACCUACAGUUGAAGUCGGAAGUUUACAUACACUUAGGUUGGAGUCAUUAAAACGAGUUUUUCAACCACUCCACACAUUUCUUGUUAACAAACUAUAGUUUGGCAAGUCGGUUAGGACAUCUACUUUGUGCAUGACACAAGUCAUUUUUCCAACAAUUGUUUACAGACAGAUUAUUUCACUUAUAAUUCACUGUAUCACAAUUCCAGUGGGUCAGAAGUUUACAUACACUAAGUUGACUGUGCCUUUAAACAGCUUGGAAAAUUCCAGAAAAUGAUGUCAUGGCUUUAGAAGCUUCUGAUAGGCUAAUUGACAUAAUUUGAGUCAAUUGGAGGUGUACAUGUGGAUGUAUUUCAAGGCCUACCUUCAAACUCAGUGCCUCUUUGCUUGACAUCAUGGGAAAGUCAAAAGAAAUCAGCCAAGACCUCAGAUUAUUUUUUUUGACCUCCACAAGUCUGGUUCAUCCUUGGGAGCAAUUUCCAAAUGCCUGAAGGUACCACGUUCUUCUGUACAAACAAUAGUAUGCAAGUACUAGUCCCGUGGAGCUCAGUUGGUAGAGCAUGGCGCUUGCAACGCCUGGGUUGUGGGUUCGAUUCCCACGGGGGGCCAGUAUGAAAAAAAUUAAAUGUAUGCACUCACUAACUGUAAGUCACUCUGGAUAAGAGCGUCUGCUAAAUGACUAAAAUGUAAAUGUAAGUAUAAACACCAUGGGACCACGCAGCCGUCAUACCGCUCAGGAAGGAGACGCGUUCUGUCUCCUAGAGAUGAACGUACUUUGGUGUGAAAAGUGCAAAUCAAUCCCAGAACAACAGCAAAGGACCUUGUGAAGAUGCUGGAGGAAACAAGUACAAAAUUAUUUAUAUCCACAGUAAAACAAGUCCUAUAUCGACAUAACCUGAAAGGCUGCUCAGCAAGGAAGAAGCCACUGCUCCAAAACCGCCAUAAAAAAGCCAGACUACGGGUUGCAACUGCACAUGGGGACGAAGAUCUUACUUUUUGGAGAAAUGUCCUCUGGUCUGAUGAAACAAAAAUAGAAUUGUUUGGCCAUAAUGACCAUCGUUAUGUUUGGAGGAAAAAGGGGGUGCUUGCAAGCCGAAGAACACCAUCCUUACCGUGAAGCACGGGUGGCAGCAUCAUGCUUGUGGGGGUGCUUUGCUGCAGGAGGGACUGGUGCACUUCACAAAAUAGAUGGCAUCAUGAGGAAGGAAAAUUAUGUGGAUAUAUUGAAGCAACAUCUCAAGACAUCAGUCAGGAAGUUAAAGCUUGGUCGCAAAUGGGUCUUCCAAAUGGACAAUGACCCCAAGCGUACUUCCAAAGUUGUGGCAAAAUGUCUUAAGGACAACAAAGUCAAGGUAUUGGAGUGGCCAUCACAAAGCCCUGACCUCAGUCCUAUAGAAAAUGCGAGCAAGGAGGCCUGCAAACCUGACUCAGUUACACCAGCUCUGUCAGGAGGAAUGGGUCAAAAUUCACCCAACCUAUUGUGGGAAGCUUUUGGAAGGCUACCCAAAACGUUUGACCCAAGUUAAACAAUUUAAAGGCAAUGCUACCAAAUACUAAUUGAGUGUAUGUAAACUUCUGACCCACUGGGAAUGUGAUGAAAUAAAUAAAAGCUGAAAUAAAUCAUUCUCUCUACUAUUAUUCUGACAUUUCACAUUCUUAAAAUAAAGUGGUGAUCCUAACUGAUCUAAGACAGGGAAUUUUUACUAGGAUUAAAUGUCAGGAAUUGUGAAAAACUGAGUUUAAAUGUAUUUUGCCAAGGUGUGUAAUCUUCCGACUUCAACUGUAUAUGACAUAACUAUUGGCAACACUAUACACCGGGGUUCCCCAAUAGGCAGCCCGCGGUCCAUAUUCAGUGAUCGUAUCCCAAUGUAAUCAAGGUUUGAAAUGAUUCUGUUUUUGUCAAAUACUAAGUCUGUUUGGAAUUCUUGUGGUCAAUUUGCAGUUCACAAAUUAUUUAUAACUAUGUCCUGGCCCCCCGACCAUCCGCUCAAGGAAAACUUGGCCCACGGCUGAAUGUGAUUGGGGACCCCUACUGUACACUCACUAAUGUUCACGCUUAAAAAUUCUCACGACAAACCCACUUCUACACUACUAGUAAUUUCACUUACAUGUAUUUCUACUAACACCUACCAGACUUCACUAACAUUUGUUUUUGCUGCAUGAGGCAGAUGAGUUACAACAAGUAUAGGGUAAAUGUCGAUUUAGAUUAGUACAUUGAUUCUGUUUGUUGUUCAGGGGCAAACAUGCCACCUUGGUUUAUUCUUUGUGUUGUUAGUGCAUUAAUUGUUGGUGGCUUACACAAGAGAACAGUCGUAUUGCAAUACUGCAUUAGGAUGGUUGCAAGUCCUUGUAAUUACAAUACUAUGUAGACAUGAUGAAUAUUGAGGCACUCACACUCCUCAGUCUAACCUGAACUUUGAUAGUGUUAUUCCUUGUUUAAUGUCCUCAGACUCCUCACACCUAUUGUCUAUCCCACCAUGUAAUACUGUUUGAGGGGUUUAGGUCCCUUGCCAUGUUACAUUAAUGUAUUUUCUCCUGAACUACAUAAGCUCUAUUGUAAUUGUGAAUUUUCCUGCAGGUAUGUAACAGAGUUUGUAAACCUAGGCAAUGUUUCAGCUCUUCGCACUUUCAGAGUACUAAGAGCUUUGAAAACUAUUUCAGUUAUCCCAGGUAAGAAGUGCCUGCUGCCAGCCCCUUCCUUGUGUCAUGUUUCCUCCGACUGCUCUUUGUUGUCCUGUCAUGGCGUCUGUUUGUGACCUACCCCUUAUUACAGAUAUGUCACAGAGUUUGUGGACCUGGGCAAUGUCUCAGCACUGAGAACGUUCAGGGUUCUCCGAGCUUUGAAAACUAUAUCGGUCAUCCCAGGUGAGAGCAAGGUUAAGGGUUAAGGUUUAGGGGCCAAAGGGUGGUACUGUACUACUCCCUCCAUCAAAGUUAAGGGUCACUUCACCUUUACGCUUUUCUUUAGGUCUGAUGGUUUGCCUCUCAUGCUGCAAUAUGGCCAGUAAAAGCAGGAAUCUGAAGCAGUUCAUUGAAAUGGAAAGGAUUCCUUGCUUUUAGACAUACUAUUUUAUUUCUUGAUUUGUUUAUUUCUCCAGAACAGCCUUGGGGGGCUAGUCGAUUUUGUUUGCAUGAGACUCUGUUUAAAUCCAGCUUGUGUAAUUACGUGUGUGGUGCUGUCCAGCUCUCCUCUCCUUCCUUUGCUGUUUGAGAUGGUUGCUUGUCAGUGUCCUCCCUGACUGGGGUGUCUGCCUUCGUUCAACUGCUCCUGACUGUGCUGUUGGUCUAGUAAAGGUGUGUCAUAUGUCAGAGCUGAUCGUGAUGCAUGUCCACCCUCACAGACAUGCUCACAGACAUGCAUGCUUUUGUUAUUGUACUCUAAGACAUAUUUUCUGAUCCAAGCUCUUAGUAAGGUUUAUAACACACUGGUAUAUCUACAGUACAACAUACAUGCAGUGCAUUUGGAAAGUAUUCAGACCCCUUGACUUUUUCCUCAUGUUGUUACGUUACAGCCUUAUUCUAAAAUGGAUUCAAUUGGUUUUUUCCCUCAUCAAUCUACACACAAUACCCCAUAAUGACAAAGCAAAAACAGUUUUUUUUUGCAAAUUCAAAUUUCAAAUAUCAAAUUUACGUAAGUAUUCAGACCCUUUACUCAGUACUUUAUUGAAGCACCUUUGGCAGUGAUUACAGCUUCGAGUCUUCUUUGGUAUGAUGCGACAAGCUUGGCACACCUGUUUGGGGAAUUUCUCCCAUUCUUCUCUGCAGAUCCUCUCAAGCUCUGUCAGUUUGGAUGGGGAGUGUCGCUGCACAGAUAUUUUCAGGUCUCUCCAGAGAUGUUUGAUCGGGUUCAAGUCCAGGCUCUGGCUGCUAGGCCACUCAAGGACAUUCAGAGACUUGUCCCGAAGACACUCCUGCGUUGUCUUGGCUGUGUGCUUAGGGUCAUUGUCCUGUUGGAAGGUGAACCUUCGCCCCAGUCUGAGGUCCUGAGCGCUCUGGAGCAGGUUUUCAUCAAGGAUCUCUCUGUACUUUGCUCUGUUCAUCUUUCCCUCGAUCCUGACUAGUCUCCCAGUCCCUGCCACUGAAAAACAUCCCCACAGCAUGAUGCUGCCACCACUAUGCUUCACCAUAAGGAUGGUGCCAGGUUUCCUCCAGACGUGAUGCUUGGCUUUCAGGCCAAAGAGUUCAAUCUUGGUUUCAUCAGACUAGAGAAUCUUGUUUCUCAUGGUCUGAGAGUCGUUUAGGUGCCUUUUGGCAAACUCCAAGCGGGCUGUCAUGUGCCUUUUACUGAAGAGUGGCUUCCAUCUAGCCACUCUAUCAUAAAGGCCUGAUUGGUGGAGUGCUGCAGAGAUGGUUGUCCUUCUGGAAGGUUCUCCCAUCUCCACAGAGGAACUCUGGAGCUCUGUCAGAUUGACCAUCGGGUUCUUGGUCACCUCCCUGACCAAGGCCCUUCUUCCCCCGAUUGCUCAGUUUGGCUGGGCGGCCAGCUCUAGGAAGAGUCUUGGUGGUUCCAAACUUCUUUCAUUUAAGAAUGAUGGAGGCCACUGUGUUCUUGGAGACCUUCAAUGCUGCAGACAUUUUUUGGUACCCUUCCCCAGAUCUGUGCCUUGACACAAUCCUGUCUCGGAGCUCUACGGACAAUUCUUUCGACCUCAUGGCUUGGUUUUUGCUCUGAUCUGCACUGUCAAUUGUGGGACCUUAUAUAGACAGGUGUGUGCCUUUCCAAAUCAUGUCCAAUCAAUUGAGUUUACCACAGGUGGAUUCCAAUCAAGUUGUAGAAACAUCUCAAGGAUGAUCAAUGGAAAUAGGAUGCACCUGUGCACAAUUUCGAGUCUCAAAGCAAAGGGUCUGAAUACUUAAGUAAAUGUGAUAUUUCAGUUUUUUUUUGUUGAUACAUUUGCUAAAAUCGAUUUGUCAUUAUGGGGUAUUGUGCGUAGAUUGAUGAGUAUUUUUUUUAUUUAAUCCAUUUUAGAAUAAGACUGUAACGUAACAACACGUGGGAAAAAGGGUAGGGUCUGAAUACUUUCCGAAUGCACUGUAUGUCAAUUUUGGCCAGAACUGCCUGGACAUUAUAAGAACUAUGAGUAGGACUUCCUUAGCUUAUUGUUUUUUUUAUAAUCACCCUUAGAGCAAUAAGGGAAUUAAUUUUAAGCUACAUUGUCAUGUAUGAAUGUGUGCUAUAAACAUAUUACUGGGAUUUGGAUUAGUCAUAAAAGAUAAUGUGCUUAUCAUGGCUCAUAUAAUUCUAGUGGAGAAAAUAACAUGGUAUAACUAGGGUUGCAAAGAUACUGGUAAUUUACCAAAGUUACCGGAAUCUUCAGUAAUUGGGGUAAUUAACAGAAAAUCUAUUGCAAUCUAUCGUAAAUUUGGUAAUUCAUAAUUGAAUAUAUAUAGUAUUAAUUUUGUAUAUCUGUGUCCGUAUUGUCUAUGAGUUUCUAGUAAAUAGACCAUAUGGUUCAAGAGAAAGUAGCCUAAUUAAUGAAAAAAACAUCUAAUCAACAAUGGCAUUAUUUUCAAAUAACUCCAACUAUUGACUUUUUUAAAUUUGUUUUAAUAGUCAUUUAGCAGACGCUCUUAUCCAGAGCGACUUACAGUUAGUGAGUGCAUACAUUUUUUCAAACUGGCCCCCCCGUGGGAAUCGAACCCACAACCCUGGCGUUGCAAGCGCCAUGCUCUACCAACUGAGCUACAGGAGGACUUUUCUUCACAACUGCCACCAAUUUGACACCAAAACAUUGACAACAAACACAUACUGACAUAGUAAAAUAAAUAUAACGUUUGUAAAAAAAUAUAUAAAGGAUAUUAUGCUGAAACGCUCAUAUUAAACACCAAUGGUAUUCACUAAGUUGAUGAUUUAUAUUUAGGAUAAUGUUUUACAGCUUUGUCAUUAUAUGUUUUAUUUUUAAAUAAUCUUAUUUAAUUAUGUCAUAUAUUUAACAUGUGAUAAGGCCACAUAGAGGGUCAGAGAUAAUUACAGACACCUUUGUUAAUCUGAAGUACCCAAAAGGGCUGACCAGAUGUCUUGUAAUAGAUUACAUUAAAUUCUUGAAAAAUACCAAAAUCCUGGUAGUUUACUGGUAAACUUCUAACGUUUCCAGUAAUAUACCCUCACUUUGCAACCCUAGGAGUAACAGAUUAAACAUUCUCAUGGUGUACGACCCAUUGAGACAGUAGAAUGUGUCACUGCACUGCCAGCAAACCAAUCUUUGACAGUUAUAUGAGCAGCUUCUUUUGGACACAUUCACACUGUUUUCAUUUAAACAUAUGAAGCAACAGACAUGUAAGGGUGUGUCAUAUGUCAGAGCUGAUUGUGACACAGGCCCACCCUCACAGACAUGCAUGUUUUUGUUAUAGUACUCUAAGUCAUCUUUUCUGAUCCAAGCUUUUAGUAGGGUUUAUUACACACAGGUAUAAUAAUCUACUAUGACAUAUGUCGAUUUGUGGCCAGAACUACCUGGACAUUAUAACAAUAGAAUGUAGAAUGUGACACUGAGACAAUAGAAUGUGACACUGCACUGCCAGCAUUUAAAUCUCUGAGAAUUAUAUGAGCAGCUUCUUUUGGAUACAUUCACACACAUUUUCUUUUAAACAUAUGAAGCAACAGACAUGCUGUGAUGUUUGCAUUGUAUACAAAUGACGGCGUCUUCUUUCCAUACACUGUAUAAUACUCCUAUGCGAAUAACAGUGAGGUUCUGUCGUGUACUGCAGGCCUGAAGACCAUUGUGGGAGCGCUGAUCCAGUCAGUGAAGAAACUGUCAGACGUGAUGAUCCUCACUGUAUUCUGCCUAAGUGUAUUUGCCCUAGUAGGGCUGCAGCUGUUUAUGGGCAAUUUAAGAAACAAAUGUUUAAGGAUCCCUCUUAACUCAACCAACCUCUUGAAUGAUACAUUCGACUUUAAUGGGACGGACUUCAACAAGACCAGCUCGUUCAACUGGACCUAUUACAUGAAUGAUCCCAGUAAGCAUGUUUCUUUGGAUUCAGACGGUCAUUGGAGGGUUAGUGAAGGCCCUGCUAGUAGCCUCGGACUACAGUGUGUGAGUCACAGCUCAUUGCUAAUAGCCAAACAAGCAGACCCCGGCUGAAGAGCGUAAUGUAAAAUGACAGGAAUGGCUGAGAGGGGUUUGUAAGAGCUUCUGGUGGGAAGUAGUGUGGCGGUUAAUCAUAAGACUGGCUGUUGGUGGAUGAUACUAGUGGAAUGUUUAACUUGUCAACACGGAGGGUAUUGAGUCACCACCCAAGUGGGGAAAAUGGCAGUGGCACCCUGAUGGCCAUGACACUAAGGCCUGGGCAGCCAUGGGAUAAGAGGGGAGAAAAUGGAUAGAGCAUUUCUAAUGACCAGAGAAAGUGCUUCUUGUGAUUAAAGCUUUGAACUGUUCUCUUGUUACAAUGCUGUGAUGGUAUUGAGGACGGAAAUCAUUUAUCCUUUUUGCAGUUGGUGAAAGAUUGACUUUGUCUCUUUUUCCUGUAGAAAACUAUUACUACCUCCCAGGUAAAAGGGAUGCUUUGCUUUGUGGAAAUAACAGUGGUGCUGGGUAAGAUCGAGCCCACAUUACUGUCUUUGUGUCUGAUCAUCAGGAUGCACUAUUAAUUGUUCUUGUUUGUGUGUAUGCAUGCGGGUGUGUACGUGCUUGUUCUCGUGCAUGUCUUUGUGCUUUAACAUCAAAAUAAACGUAUUGUGAAAACAGGAUUUUGUGAAUGUAGAGAUAGUGAUUAUGAUUGGCUUGUCGUUUGUUGUAGGCUGUGCCCAGAGGGAUUCUCGUGCGUCAAAGCGGGCCGGAACCCAGACUACGGCUACACCAGCUUUGACACGUUCAGUUGGGCCUUCCUGUCUCUGUUUAGACUGAUGACUCAGGACUACUGGGAGAACCUGUACCAGCAGGUACUAGAGAGCUCAUCUCCUGUCUUUGCAAUGGCCCCUUUUGUGACAGCAUGCGCAGCACCAUGAGGAAUAUCUCAAUUUUAAAGUAGUCCAUUUUACUUAUUUGAGUGUACUGGCAGUUCUUAAAUAGACUGAAAAUGUGCAUACCACCCCCCACUUUGCUGGAGUUUAUAAUCUAAUCAGGAACAGUAUAAAGCCAAGGUUGGUCAUUAACUGCCACUUGCAGUUAUGGAAUGUUUGCCACCGAAUUGACAACUUCAAAAUCUGUGAAAGCCCUCAAUGGUAGCCUGGUGGAACCAGCCUGAUUGCCAUUCUAUUUACAGAAUGGUGAACACAGCGAUCAGGCUGGUUCCACAAGGUUACCUCAAUGGCGCUGCCCUGGCUAAAACAGGCUUUGGGCCAUCUAUCCAACUCUAUGGUUUGUCUGCUUCAUGCCAUGUGAUACUGGAGGCUUUUUAUUUUUAACAUGUGGAAGGAACUCCUUGUGUUGUCAUUGGACAGACCUAUUUGUGACAGCUUCUGUGCUCUGAGAGUAUAUGCAGUGAAGCUCUUGGGUAUCACUGAGUGACUUGUUAGAAAUAGAGAUGUGUUAUUUACAUUUUAGUCAUUUUGCAGUCAUUUAGCAGACGCUCUUAUCCAGAGCGACUUACAGGUAGUGAGUGCAUACAUUUUUUUUUCAUACUGGUCCCCCGUGGGAAACGAACCCACAACUCUGGCGUUGCAAACGCCAUGCUCUACCAACUGAGCUACACGGGACUGUUAUAAGAGGUGUUGUUACAUACUGUCUCUCUUCCAGACCCUGAGGGCUGCUGGGAAGCCAUACAUGAUCUUCUUUGUGUUGGUCAUCUUCCUGGGCUCCUUCUACCUGAUCAACCUGAUCCUGGCUGUGGUUGCCAUGGCCUACGACGAGCAGAACCAGGCCACCAUUGAGGAGGCUCAGCAGAAGGAGGAGGAGUUUCAGCAGCUGAAGAGACAGCAGGAGGACGCACAGGUACAAGAUGUCACCCAUCUAAAUCCCAUCAUAAAUUAGGUGGUUUGAGCCCUGAAUGCUGAUUGGCUGAAAGAUAUGGUAUAUCAGAUCGUAUACCACAGGUAUGACCAAACAUUUAUUUUGACUCUUCUAAUUACGUUGGUAAUAAUAGCAAUAAGGCACCUCGGGUUUGUCGUAUAUGGCCAAUAUACCACGGCUAAGGGCUAUAUCAAGGCACUCCGCGAUGCGUCUUGCAUAAGAACUGCCCUUAGCCAUAGUAUAUUGGCCAUAUACCACACCCCCUCGGGCCUUAUUGCUUAAUUAUAGCACACCCAUUUCAACAACCUUGGAAUGCCGUUAACAGUAAAAAAUGUUCAGUCAUUGAUACUGUUAGUGUUAUCUGAUUUUUACCAUGAAAUGAAAAUGCCCUGCAUAAGCUUCCAAUAUUUGUAUACACUACUGUUCAAAAGUUUGGGGUCACUUAGACAUUUCCUUGUUUUCGAAAGAAAAGCAAAUUUUUUGUCCAUUAAAAAACAUCAAAUUGAUCAGAAAUACAGUGUAGACAUUGUUAAUGUUGUAAAUGGAUACAUACAUACAGUGGGGAAAAAAAGUAUUUAGUCAGCCACCAAUUGUGCAAGUUCUCCCACUUAAAAAGAUGAGAGAGGCCUGUAAUUUUCAUCAUAGGUACACGUCAACUAUGACAGACAAAUUGAGCAUUUUUCUUUCCAGAAAAUCACAUUGUAGGAUUUUUUAUGAAUUUAUUUGCAAAUUAUGGUGGAAAAUAAGUAUUUGGUCACCUACAAACAAGCAAGAUUUCUGGCUCUCACAGACCUGUAACUUCUUCUUUAAGAGGCUCCUCUGUCCUCCACUCGUAACCUGUAUUAAUGGCACCUGUUUGAACUUGUUAUCAGUAUAAAAGACACCUGUCCACAACCUCAAACAGUCACACUCCAAACUCCACUAUGGCCAAGACCAAAGAGCUGUCAAAGGACACCAGAAACAAAAUUGUAGCCCUGCACCAGGCUGGGAAGACUGAAUCUGCAAUAGGUAAGCAGCUUGGUUUGAAGAAAUCAACUGUGGGAGCAAUUAUUAGGAAAUGGAAGACAUACAAGACCACUGAUAAUCUCCCUCGAUCUGGGGCUCCACACAAGAUCUCACCCUGUGGGGUCAAAAUGAUCACAAGAACGGUGAGCAAAAAUGCCAGAACCACACGGGGGGACCUAGUGAAUGACCUGCAGAGAGCUGGGACCAAAGUAACAAAGCCUACCAUCAGUAACACACUACGCCGCCAGGGACUCAAAUCCUGCAGUGCCAGACGUGUCCCCCUGCUUAAGCCAGUACAUGUCCAGGCCCGUCUGAAGUUUGCUAGAGUGCAUUUGGAUGAUCCAGAAGAGGAUUGGGAGAAUGUCAUAUGGUCAGAUGAAACCAAAAUAGAACCUUUUGGUAAAAACUCAACUUGUCGUGUUUGGAGGACAAAGAAUGCUGAGUUGCAUCCAAAGAACACCAUACCUACUGUGAAGCAUGGGGGUGGAAACAUCAUGCUUUGGGGCUGUUUUUCUGCAAAGGGACCAGGACGACUGAUCCGUGUAAAGGAAAGAAUGAAUGGGGCCAUGUAUUGUGAGAUUUUGAGUGAAAACCUCCUUCCAUCAGCAAGGGCAUUGAAGAUGAAACGUGGCUGGGUCUUUCAGCAUGACAAUGAUCCCAAACACACCGCCCCGGCAACGAAGGAGUGGCUUCGUAAGAAGCAUUUCAAGGUCCUGGAGUGGCCUAGCCAGUCUCCAGAUCUCAACCCCAUAGAAAAUCUUUGGAGGGAGUUGAAAGUCCGUGUUGCCCAGCGACAGCCCCAAAACAUCACUGCUCUAGAGGAGAUCUGCAUGGAGGAAUGGGCCAAAAUACCAGCAACAGUGUGUGAAAACCUUGUGAAGACUUACAGAAAACGUUUGACCUGUGUCAUUGCCAACAAAGGGUAUAUAACAAAGUAUUGAGAAACUUUUGUUAUUGACCAAAUACUUAUUUUCCACCAGAAUUUGCAAAUAAAUUCAUAAAAAAUCCUACAAUGUGAUUUUCUGGAUUUCUUUUUCUCAUUUUGUCUGUCAUAGUUGACGUGUACCUAUGAUGAAAAUUACAGGCCUCUCUCAUAUUUUUAAGUGGGAGAACUUGCACAAUUGGUGGCUGACUAAAUACUUUUUUUCCCCACUGUAGGCGUACAGAGGCCCAUUAUCAGCAACCAUGUCCUGUGUUCCAAUGACACGUUUUGUUUGCUAAUCCAAAUUUAUCAUUUUAAAAGGCUAAUUGAUCAUUAGAAAACCCUUUUGCAAUUAUGUUAGCACAGCUGAAAACUGUUGUGCUGAUUAAAGAAGCAAUGAAACUGGCCAUCUUGAGACUAGUUGAGUAUCUGGAGCAUCAGCAAUUGUGGAUCCGAUUACAGGCUUAAAAUGGCCAGAAACCAAUAACUUAACUUUCUUCUGAAACUUGUCAGUCUAUUCUUGUUCUGAGAAAUGAAGGCUAUUCCAUGCGAGAAAUUGCCAAGAAACUGAAGAUCUUGUACAACGCUGUGUACAACUCCCUUCACAGAACAGCGCAAACUGGCUCUAACCAGAAUAGAAAGAGGAGUGGGAGGCCCAGGUGCACAACUGAGCAAGAGGACAAAUACAUUAGAGUGUCUAGUUUGAGAAACAGACGCCUCACAGGUCCUCAACUGGCAGCUUCAUUAAAUAGUACUCGCAAAACACCAGUCUCAAUGUCAACAGUGAAGAGGCGACUCUGGGAUGCUGACCUUCUAGGCAGAGUUGCAAAGAAAAAGCCAUAUCUCAGACUGGCCAAUAAAAAUAAAAGAUUAAGAUGGGCUAGUCUGAGUUAUGGCUUUUUCUUUGCAACUCUGCCUAGAAGGUCAGCAUCCCGGAGUCACCGCUUUCUUUCGAAAACAAGGACAUUUCUAAGUGACCCCAAACUUUUGAACGGUAGUGUAUGUAUUCAAAGGUUCAAAGGUAUUUAAAGGCACAAAGGUGGCAAUCUAAAUUUAACGGACAUUUAAUAGCUUAUUGUGUCUAUUUCUGAUGUGCUGCUGCUGCUGAGUCUUGUGUUGCCCUUGACGACAGUGGUUUCUGUGUGUUGAUUGGCUUACAGGCGGCAGCAGCGGUGAUAGCAGCUGAGAGCGGGGAGUUCAGUGAGAGAGGGGGGCUCUCUGAAACCUCCUCAGAGGCCUCCAAACUCAGCUCCAAGAGCGCCAAAGAGAGACGCAACAGGCGCAAGAAGAGGAAGCAGAGAGAGGAGGAGGAGGAGAGAGGGGAAAAUGACAAGUUUCACAGGUCUGAGUCUGAGGGCAGUAUGCAAAAGAGUCAUUUCCGCUUCUCCAUGGAUGCCUCCAACCUGCUCAGCUACGACGUGAGAUGUUCCACACCACACCAGGUCAGGCUACUCUUAUUGGUUUUACCUGCUUCUUUCCCCUAUCUUUACCUUUCGCUAUUAAAACUAUGUGUGUUCCCUGUAUUGCUGUAUUGUUGUGCAUGCUACACACUCCAUAGUGAAUCUACCCCUGAUUGGUGUAAGGAUUACUUGCAUCAUCAUCAACAUUAUUUAUUUUCUUUUUGAUUAAAAUUUUGUCCUCAUCAUCAUCAUCAUCAUUAUUUUCGUCAUCAAUAUCGUCUUCAUUAUCAAUAUCAUCGCUACGCUAUCAUCUCCAUUUUCAGCAGCACCAUCAUCUUUCAAUUCCACAAUUUCCUUAUCAUCGUAAUCACUAUCAUCAGCAGCAGCAGCAGAAGCAGCAGAAGCAGCAGCAUUGUGCUUAUCAUCAUAAUCAUCAUUAUCCUCUUCAUCAUGCUCUUGCACAUUUCCUUUUAUAUUAUCCAUGAGGUCAUCCUCUAGAUAAUCAACAUCAUUGCAUCAUCUUCAUCAAAAUCAUCAUCAUCUACAGGACCCACUCUUCCAUCUUAAAUUACUCCACUUCUUAACCCAUGCUUAUACCAGUGAUAGGCACUGAGGAAUAUCUUUCUCUCCCAGUCCUUCCUGAGUAUCCGUGGACCCCUGUUGUCAUCCAGACGGAACAGCCAGGCUAGCCUCUUCAGCUUCCGGGACCGAGCGCAAGACAUGGGCUCGGAGAAUGACUUUGCCGACGACGAGAACAGCACUUUCGAGGACAACGACAGUCGCCGGGGCUCUCUGUUUGUCCCCCGGCGGAGUGACCGGCGCUCCAGCAACCUGAGCCAGAACAGCAUGUCGUCACACGUCCUGCUGCCGGCCAAUGGGAAGAAGCACAGCUCCGUGGACUGCAACGGGGUGGUGUCCCUGGUGGGCAGGGCUUCACUUCCCACAUCACCUGAGGGACUCCUUCUGCCAGAGGUGACGGUAGAUAAGGCCUCUACCGAUGACAACGUAAGGAAGUGUGGUUUAGCCUGGAUGGCCUAGACCAGCUCUGUGCUGUCUCCACCUACCGAGCCUCUACUGUAGUUCUGCUGUGGUGUUGUAGUGUGUCUCUUGUUGGUUUCCCUUCUCUCUUUCUGACUAGAUGUGUUUUCCUUGGUCUUAUACUGUAUACACGACAUGUACACACAAAAAAAUAACAUUUGUUUUAAAAAAUGUAAUAGAAGGCAGUAUAAACAUAUCUAGUUUUCAUAUAGAUUGUGUAAUAUUCCAUAUUUGUACGAACCUAUUUCAAUAUUUCUAUUGAUGUGAUUGCAAAUACAGUAUUUUUUGGGUUUAAUAGAUAACAUCCUGGUUAAGCGAUUAUUAAGCCUCUUAAACAUAGCCAUCUUUUGUCGGUAACUUUGUGCUAACUGCUGAUGCAAUUGGUUUGUGAUGACUUAUCAAUCCAUUGAAGAUGCUUCCAAAUGAUGUAACUUUAUGUAACAGAUGAAUCUAUGUACGUCCAGGGCAACACCACGGAGACAGAGUACAGGAAGGCCCAAAGUGGAUCGUACCAGGCCUCUAUGGACUUCCUGGAGGACCCAGGGGCCAGGCAGAGGGCCUUCAGUGUAGCUAGUGUUCUAACUAACACUAUGGAAGGUGUGUACGACUAUGCCAUACCCUAGACACCCCCUAAAACAAAUAGCAUGAAUAGACAAAAUGAGGACACAUUCAUAAAACAAAUGUUUUUCUGUUAUUUCUCCUCUAUAUGUAUCAGAACUUGAAGAGUCGAGACAGAAGUGCCCUCCUUGCUGGUACAAGUUCUCCAACACCUUCCUCAUCUGGGACUGUUGUCCAGCGUGGCUGAGGAUCAAGAAGAUAGUCAAGAUGAUCGUGAUGGACCCGUUUGUAGACCUGACUAUCACCAUUUGCAUUGUUAUGAACACAGUGUUCAUGGCUAUGGAGCACCACCCAAUGUCUGGGGAUUUCAACAAAAUGCUUUCUAUGGGAAACCUGGUACGUCAUUCUUUUUUGCCAUAUCACUUUGAAUCGGCCAUUUUAGACCCACCAUGACAUGUUAAUUACUGUUGUCACUGUUUUGUGUGUUGUUUUACUCAGGUGUUCACGGGUAUCUUCACAGCUGAGAUGUGUUUCAAGAUUAUUGCUUUGGAUCCGUACUGUUAUUUUAAGGAAGGCUGGAAUAUAUUUGAUGGUAUCAUUGUCAGUUUGAGCUUGAUGGAGCUUGGCUUGGCCAACGUGCCUGGAAUGUCUGUCCUCAGAUCAUUCCGAUUGGUAAGAGCAGAGCAUUGACACUCCAGCACAGCAUCCAAUAUGCUGCAUGUUCAGUCAAUAAUCACUGGUAAAAAGUAGACUGUGAACAUAUUGGAAUAGCAAUGAAUAUUAAUCCUAUUCUCAUUUUUGUAUGCAGCUGAGAGUAUUCAAACUGGCCAAGUCUUGGCCCACACUGAACAUGCUGAUCAAGAUCAUUGGUAACUCAGUGGGGGCUCUGGGUAACCUCACCCUGGUCCUGGCCAUCAUCGUCUUCAUCUUCGCCGUGGUGGGCAUGCAGCUGUUUGGGAAGAGCUACAGAGACUGUGUGUGUAAGAUCUCUACAGACUGUACACUGCCCCGCUGGCACAUGCAUGACUUCUUCCACUCCUUCCUGAUUGUGUUUCGGGUGCUGUGCGGGGAGUGGAUCGAGACCAUGUGGGACUGCAUGGAGGUGGCUGGCCAGAGCAUGUGUCUCAUCGUCUUUAUGAUGGUCAUGGUCAUUGGGAACCUGGUGGUAAGUUUUCAGCUCUAUGCUGUAUCUGUAUUACUGUUAAUCCACUGUAAGUUUUUAUCAAUUACAGUAACUUUGAAACAUAAUGUGUGUGUGUUUGUGUGUGUGUGUGGCAGGUCCUGAACCUGUUCCUGGCCUUGCUGCUGAGCUCGUUCAGUGCUGAUAACCUGGCGGCCACGGAUGAUGACAGCGAGAUGAACAAUCUGACGGUGGCCAUAGGCCGCAUCCACCAGGGUAUCGCCUUCGUCAAGGCCUUGGUGCGCCGCUCCUUCCACAGCAUAUGUCUGAGGAAAAAGAAGGGGAGCCUGAAUGAGGACAAGCCCCUGGAUGACCUCCAUAAAACCAACUACAACUCCAACCACACCACUGUGGAGAUCAUGAAAGACCCUGAAUACGUGAAGGAUGACAACGGCACCACCGGUGGGGUUGGAGUGGGCAGCAAUGCAGCAGGGAAGUACAUAGUCAACGACAACACUGACUACAUGCAGUUCAUCCACAACCCCAGUCUGACUGUCACAGUGCCCAUCGCUGUGGGGGAGUCGGACUUUGAGAACCUCAACACUGAGGACUUCAGCAGCGAUUCCUCGGACAUAGAGGGAAGCAAAGAGGUGAGCAUGUUCACUUGAUUUGGUCUGGCAUGAUUCUAUGUGGAAGUAGUACACAGUCUGAAAUUCUUGUACAUAGUUUGAAAUCAACUGUUGAUCUAGGUUUACGAUUUGAAAAAAAAGACAGUGACGUUAUGAGCUUCAAAAAGACAGUGAUAUUAUGCAAAUAUCUGCUUGUUUGCUCUUGUUUGUCCACAUUAUCUAACAUAAUUACAUUGGAAUGACUCAUUAGAGAUGAUUGCACUUUUUCCAAGUGAUGCAGUAUCUGCAAAUGGUGACAGCCAGAGCCAGGUGAUGCUCAAAUAUUAUAAUGUAAUAUUGUGCGUGUUUGGCACAUUAGAGCUUAGAAAGAGGGAAUUGCUGGCCUUUCACUCGCUGUUCAUUCGGGUGUUAAUCAGUUGUAAGUUAUGGACAUAGAACAGCUGCAUAUGUACAAGGUUGCCAACAUGUAAUGACCACACUCAAAGAAUUCCCCAAAAUUAUGCACAAUUAUGAAAAUACUGUCAUUAUAUUUUAUCCAGGGAACAAUAACAUUUAGUCCCUCCAGUUCCCUUAUCACAGUUUUAGAUCAUGUACAGUAUUGAUGUCAAUGAGAGAUAUGCAAGUCGGGGUAAUUUCUCAGAUCUCAUGUUAGGCUUGGGCCGUUAGUGAUCACUACGUUUCUGUAUAACUUCCGAUGUCUCAUCUAUCAAUGGCUCCUAAUUUUAUGGCCUAGGCUGACAAAAUAGAGCGAGAGGCAAAUAGAAUAUGAACGAUGGAUGAAGACCGAUUCAGAUAUUGGCUGUUGUGUGGUCCAUAUGCGGAUGCAUUUGUUGUUUCAGAUAAGUAGGAACUUCCAUUGCAGUGGUCAUGCUGGUGCACUUAACCUAUGGUGCAUGGCAAGCAAAGUAUGAGCAUGUGACAUUAUGGAUCCCCUGGAGUCCCUGUAUACCAUGACCCUUUAACGAGGAGAAGCCUGAGAGACAGGAAAAUACUUUUCUUCAAAUUACAUUAUGUGCCAUUGAAGUCUGAGUGCUAUGCAGCGACAUCCUCCUCUUUAGGGAGCUUUAAUGCCUUGUGUUGUAGAUAGCCAGCCCCCCCCCCCCCUCUCUCUCUCUCUCUCGCUCUCUCUCUCUCGCUCUCGCUCUCUCUCUCAGAAUAUGGUAUAAACUGAGGGCCUACUGUGAAUUAGUAUCUAUGGUAACAUUGCAGUCAGACAAUCAUAAAAUGUCACUGUUACAGUGUAAUUUAGCUGAUGUUGUUGUACGGUGCUGUUCAUGUUGUUAUGAUACUGUAAUUACUAUUUAUUAUUUAACAAUAAUGACUGUUGUAAAUUUGGUGAGAUUGUAUUUCCUUCACUUGUAAGUGUACUUUCUGAGAGGUUAAUAUGUGACUAACAUGCUUUGCUUCCAGACCAGGUAGCAUGUGGGACAGUAACUUACCACACUUAACCCCAUUUGUUAUUGCAGCUGUUUCACAGACGCUCUCAAGGUUUUCAAUGAGAGGAGACUUGUAAGACCACUUUAUUGUACAUAACACUAACCAUGGAGGUUGCCUAUUCCAUUUACCAAAAAGGAACAACCUUUUUAUUGGAUUGCUCAUCUAUGUUUGUUUCUGCUUGAUCAUACUUUACUCCCUACUUCAUUUAUAUUCAUUCAGCAGCCGUUCUGAUGCUGCCAACCCUGAUGUUUUUUUCUUCCAUUUUUGAUAUAAGGCUUCUUUGCAAUACUUCCUUUUUUAAUGAAUGAUCAACACCACUGUUUCCAUCAACAGUUCAGCCCAUGGUUAUUCUUUUGUUUUGUUCCUUUGGUUUGGUUUUGUCUUGGGGACUGGAUUGCUCAGCAGCCAGAGAGCACCUGGAGCUUAACAAAUCUGACUGAAAUGCUGUAGAGUAAUGGAUUUUGAAGAUCAAAAUUCAUUGGAGGACAAAUAUUAUCCAUAAUGGAAUGAUGAAAGCAGAUGAUUACAAAUGCUUGUUUUUAAGAAGAACAUAAUUAUUUCAAUCAGCUGGGUUUCCAAAAUAAAUGUUGUUGCUAGUAGGCAUACCGUUAUUAAUGAUAGUGCAGGUAAGAAUACAGAGCAUAAAUACUACUUUUAUAUAGUAAUGACUAAUUAUAAUUUACUUAGGUAGCUGAAUAAGCUCAAGUCCAAAAGAGGUGCAACUUCUUUGGUUACUACUAAUAACAGAUAGUAGAGUAUAUUGUACAGCAUAUGGAAAUGAGAAGACAUCGUAGUGCCUACAAUAGUACCUAAAUUGAAGGUCAAACAUCUCUAUGAUUGCAGUAGCAUAGUCAAAUUGAGUAUUCAGCGCAUAUAUCAUUGUAGCAUGCACAUCAUUCCCCAUUCUGCAUUAGCUAGGUCCCAUGACAGCUCAGUGCUGUUGCACUCUCCAGAAAGGCAUUAAGGCUGCUCUCAGUUCAAGGCUGUUGGAAGACACACCCAGUAGAAAGACACCAAGUGCUUGAGGAGACACGGUGAAUAAGCUAAUUAUUGACAAACCUCAUACAAUUGGCCCAUGUUUGAAUAUUGUCAAGUGUAUUAGAUGUUUGACAUCAUUGCAUGGUGAAGUUGAUAUAUUUUGUAAUCCAGCACACCUCUUCUAAAAGCAGCUUUCCUCUAGUUAUUGCACUGUAUUUAGGACAUUUUCUAAGCACUAUUUUCUAUUGUCAGACAUUGGAAAGAGUGGGGGGGCAGAGGAAAGAGUGCCUCCUACUGGCCCAAAACCACUUCCAGCAGCAUCUGGUCUCCCAUCCAGUACCAACCCUGCUUAGCUUUUAGAGGCAAGCCAGCACUUUUAGAGGCAAGCCAGCAGUGGGAUGCAGGGUGGUAUGCUGCUGGUUUAUUGUGUGAUCCACAUUGGUCCAAAAAUCACAAAGGCUUUGUAAAACCAUAUAGGAUCUAUAACUACAUUGUUUCCCCAAUAAAACCACAUUACUCUCUCAACUUAUCUUGUCUCAGGUGUUUAAUGCCCUGUCUCCAGGGAAGGUUUGAGUGAUUAGGCGGUCCUAAUCUGACACUAGCCUGGAAUGCAGACUCCUUAAUGCCUGUCUUGGUUAAAGUGCACAACACUGUUAUAUCUGCUGUUAAGCUAAUGCAGGCUACCCUCUUUUUAAAUGAAUGAGGCUUGUCUACUGCUUAGCAACUGGACAUAUGUGUUUUCAUGUCAAUGAGGGAAAUGUAAAGGGGGAAAAAACAGUUUGUUUGGGUCAAAAAGUCCUGGACAUGAAAAUACUGGCGCACACAGGCUUGGUUCAAACACACACUUUUAGAGAAAGCAUGCCAUAUGACUAAAGUGAAAUCAUUUUUACCUACAGCCUUUAUCGAGAUACAAAUAUAUUUUCCAACAGUAUACCAGCAUCUGUUAGCCUACAAUUUGACUUUCCAAACUAUACGUGUCUCAUCUCCUAAGUCUGUAGGUACUUUUGAUUGAUUCUGCAUGAAAUGUUACAACUCUAAACAAAGACAAAGACCCUGUGAGCUUACAUAUGGCAAGCACCCUUGCAUCACUGGGUGACCCAUUGUAAUGAGGCUCAGUAUGUCAGCUCCCGGGCAAAUGCUAGAUUCCCAGGCCCUGUCACGGGUGUGUUAUGCUAAUGUUGCUCUGGCUUCGCUCCCCUUGCAGCAGCUAGCUAAAGACCGUCCACUGAGCUCAUCAGAGGGCAGUACAGUGGACAUCAGGCCCCCAGGAGAGAGAGAGGGCUUGGUGGACAUGGAGCCUGAGGAGUCCAUGGAAGCUGAAGGAUGCUUCACUGAUGGUGAGAGAUACAAUAGGCUACAUCUCAGGAUGUGGGUAUUGUUUUUUUGUGAAUGGCUUCAGGCAUAACAAGCUGGAACCCAGAAAUAGAAUGGGUCUGAUCAGAAAAUAGUUAGACAUUCGUCAUGGGCAUUUCUCUAGGAAUGAGGUGAUCUUUAUAAUAGAAUCAUAAGACACAAAUAUAACAGAAGUAUUAUCUGUUAACCAAUGUUGUCUGCUUUCAGACUGUGUCCGUAGAUUCCAAUGCUGCCAAGUGAACGUCGAUGAGGGCAAGUGGAAGAUGUGGUGGACAUUGAGGAAGACCUGCUUCAGGAUAGUGGAGCACAACUGGUUCGAGAGCUUUAUCAUCUUCAUGAUCCUGCUCAGCAGUGGAGCGCUGGUGAGUGGGGAAGUAAUGAUUUGGGGAAGGAUCUGAGGCUAUGAGAGAGAGGGCAGGCAGAUUAUCCUCCAUUGUCUGACUUACAGUAGUACCCUUAUGAGAAACAAUGGAGUAGAAAUGCUGUGAGGGUUGUUCUGUGCUUAGUACUGUGUAAUUGACCAUUCUGUGAUCCUUGACACAGAAUUAACUGGUAACAGAUCUGAUGAGGCAGCAGCAGCUGCUCUGGUGUAUGAGAUUAGUGUGGGUUAUAGGAAGUGAUUUGCUUGUGUUUACACCAAGGCAUUUGAGGACAUCUACAUCGAACAGAGGAAGACCAUUAAGACCGUGUUGGAGUUUGCAGACAAAGUCUUCACCUACAUCUUUAUCCUGGAGAUGUUGCUGAAGUGGGUGGCCUAUGGAUUCGCCAAAUACUUCACCAACACCUGGUGCUGGUUGGACUUCCUUAUUGUUGACGUAGGUCUUUUUUAAAACUAUGUCUUCACUUGCACAAUAAAUAUAUACAGUUGAAGUCGGAAGUUUACAUACACUUAGGUUGGAGUCAUUAAAACUCAUUUUUCAACCACUCCACAAAUUUCUUGUUAACAAACUAUAGUUUUGGCAAGUCAGUCUACUGUGUGCAUGACACAAGUAAUUUUUCCAACAAUUGUUUACAGACAAAUUAUUUCACUUAUAAUUCACUGUAUCACAAUUCAAGUGACUCAGAAGUUUACAUACACUAAGUUGACUGUGCUUUUAAACAGCUUGGAAAAUUCCAGAAAAUGAUGUCAUUGCUUUAGAAGCUUCUGAUAGGCUAAUUGACAUAAUUUGAGUAAAUUGGAGGUGUAACUGGGGAUGUAUUUCAAGGCCUACCUUCAAACUCAGUGCCUCUUUGCUUGACAUCAUGGGAAAAUCAAAAGAAAUCAGCCAAAACCUCCCAAUUUCUUUUUUUAGACCUCCACAAGUCUGGUUCUUCCUUGGGAGCAAUUUCCAAACGCCUGAAGGUACCACGUUCAUCUGUACAAACAAUAGUACGCAAGUAUAAACACCAUGGGACCACGCAGCCGUCAUACCGCUCAGGAAGGAGACGCGUUCUGUCUCCUAGAGAUGGACGUACUUUGGUGCGAAAAGUGUCAAUCAAUCCCAGAACAACAGCAAAGGACAUCGCUAGAGGAAACAGGUACAAAAGUAUCUAUGUCCACAGUAAAACGAGUCCUAUAUCCACAUAACCUGAAAGGCCGCUCAGCAACGACGAAGCCACUGCUCCAAAACCGCCAAAAAAAGCCAGACUACAGUUUGCAACUGCACAUGGGGACAAAGAUUGUACUUUUUGGAGAAAUGUCCUCUGGUCUGAUGAAACAAACAUAUAAUUGUUUGGCCAUAAUGGCCAUCGUUAUGUUUGGAGGAAAAAGGGGGUAGCUUGCAAGCCGAAGAACACCAUCCCAACCAUGAAGCACGGGGUGGCAGCAUCAUGCUGUGGGGGUGCUUUGCUGCAGGAUGGACUGGUGCACUUCACCAAAUAGAUGGCAUCAUGAGGAAGGAAAAUUAUGUGAAUAUAUUGUAGCAACAUCUCAAGACAUCAGUCAGGAAGUUAAAGCUUGGUCGCAAAUGGGUCUUCCAAAUGGACAAUGACCCCAAAUGUCUGGCAAAAUGUCUUAAGGACAACAAAGUCAACGUAUUGGAGUGGCCAUCACAAAGCCCUGACCUCAAUCCUAUAGAACAUUUGUGGGCAGAACUGAACAAGUGUGUGCGAGCAAGGAGGCCUACAAACCUGACUCAGUUACACUUAGUUGCUUUUGGAAGGCUACAUAAAACGUUUGACCCAAGUUAAACAAUUUAAAGGCAAUGCUACCAAAUACUAAUUGAGUGUAUGUAAACUUCUGACCCACUGGGAAUGUGAUGAAAGAAAUAAAAUAUGAAAUAAAUAAUUCUCUCUACUAUUAUUCUGACCUUUCAUAUUCUUAAAAUAAAGUGGUGAUCCUAACUGACCUAAGACAAUGAAUUUUUACUAGGAUUAUAUGUCAGGAAUUGUGAAAAACUGAGUUUAAAUGUAUUUGGCUAAGGUGCAUGUAAACUUCCGACUUCAACUGUGUGUAUAUAUAUAUACACUACCGGUCAAAAGUUUUAGAACACCUACUCCUUCAAGGGCUUUUCUUUAUUUGUACUAUUUUCUACAUUGUAGAAUAAUAGUGAAGACAUCAAAACUAUGAAAUAACACAUAUGGAAUCAUGUAGUAACCAAAAAAGUAUUUAACAGAUCAAAAUAUAUUUAAUGUUUGAGAUUCUUCAAAUAGCCACCCUUUGCCUUGAUAACAGCUUUGCACACUCUUGGCAUUCUCUCAACCAGCAGUUCAUUAGAGUUACCAGCCUCAGAAAUUGCAGGCCAAAUAAAUGCUUCACAGAGUUCCAGUAACAGACACAUCUCAACAUGUUCAGAGGAGACUGUGUUAAUCAGGCCUUCAUGGUCGAAUUGCUGCAAAGAAAUCACUACUAAAGGACACCAAUAAGAAGAAGAGACUUACUUGGGCCAUGAAACACGAGCAAUGGACAUUAGACUGGUGGAAAUUUGUCCUUUGGUCUGAUGAGUCCAAAAUUGAGAUUUUUUGUUCCAACCGCCGUGUUUUUGUGAGACUAUGUGUGGGUGAACGGAUGAUCUCCGCAUGUGUAUUUCCCACCGUAAAACAUGGAGGAGGUGUUAUGGUGUGGGGGUGCUUUGCUGGUGACACUGUCUGGGAUUUAUUUAGAAUUCAACUUAACCAGCAUGGCUACCACAGCAUUCUGCAGCGAUACGCCAUACCAUCUGGUUUGGGCUUAGUGGGACUAUCAUUUGUUGUUCAACAGGACAAUGACCCAACACACCUCCAGGCUGUGUAAGGGCUAUUUGACCAAGAAGGAGAGUGAUGGAGUGCUGCAUCAGAUGACCUGGCCUCCACAAUCCCCCGACCUCAACCAAAUUGAGAUGGUUUGGGAUGAGUCUGACGGCAGAGUCAAGGAAAAGCAGCCAACAAGUGCUCAGCAUAUGUGGGAACUCCUUCAAGACUGUUGGAAAAGCAUUCCAGGUGAAGCUGGUUGAGAGAAUACCAAUAGUGUGCAAAGCUGUCAUCAAGGCAAAGGGGGGCUAUUUGAAGAAUAUCAAAUAUAAAAUAUAUUUGGAUUUGUUUAACACUUUUCUGGUUACUACAUGAUUCCAUAUGUGUUAUUUCAUAGUUUUGAUGUCUUCACUAUUAUUCUACAAUGUAGAAAAUAGUAAAAAUAAAGAAAAAUUGUUGAAUGAGUAGGUGUUCUAAAACCUUUGACCAGUAGUGUGUAUAUAUAUAGCCAGAGUAAAGUCAAAAUCACCUUGUAAUUGCAAAGUCAUUGUAAUGUCGUUUCAUUGCUGAAAUGAUAAUGUAAUGUAGUUAAGGCGAGACAGUGAACCAUUGCCUGGUUUAAAACAUAUCUUUGAGACAGAGGCUAGCCUCCACUGAGUGUCAAUCAGGUAGUCGCGUGUCUCAUGAUGACAUCAUUGUGUUUACAGGUCUCUUUGGUCAGUCUUGUGGCCAACGCCCUGGGCUACGCUGAGCUGAGUGCCAUCAAGUCCCUGAGGACUCUGCGAGCGCUGAGGCCCCUGAGAGCGCUGUCCCGCUUCGAGGGCAUGAGG